GUAUCUAGAAUUUCAUUAUGGUGCUGUGAGUGUGAUCUUGCGAAUUUCCAAAUUUUAUAUAUCCCCUAGUUCUUGCGUUUAAACGAAAUUCUGCAACAUAAUUUUCAUCAAAUAAAAAUGGAGGAUAAUAAAAUGAGUCAAUCCGAAGAGUUUCAAAAAUUAAAUGAAGAAAAAAAUCCCAAAAAGAAAAAUAAGAAUAAAAAAAAGCGUAUCAUUGGAGAUGGUGAUAAUGGUGGUGCUCAGUCAGCGGAUGGAUUAGCAAUUUCUAACUUAAAAGAUAUUCAACAAAACAUAUCUUUAAAAGAUCUUAAAACGGCUAUGGAAGUCCUUAAUUUGCAGCAAAAACCGGCAAAAACAACCGAGGAAGCUCUGCAUAAGUCGUAUCAAUUUUGGUCCACUCAACCAGUACCUAAAAUGUAUGAAAAAGUUAUAACCAACGAACCUAUUGAACCACCCAAGUCCACCGAUGAAAUCCGUUCUGAGCCUUAUUCAUUGCCUGAGGGUUUUCAUUGGGAUACUCUUAAUCUAAACGAACCUCUGGUUUUAAAAGAGCUAUACACUUUAUUAAACGAAAAUUAUGUAGAAGACGAUGACUGUAUGUUCCGAUUUGACUAUCAAACUGAUUUCUUAAAAUGGGCUCUUCAGCCUCCUGGUUGGAGAAUGGAAUGGCAUUGUGGAGUGCGUGUAGUGAAAUCUGGUAGAUUAGUUGGUUUUAUAUCUGCAAUACCAGCAACACUACGAAUUUAUGAAAAAAUACAAACUGUUGUUGAAAUUAACUUUUUAUGUGUCCAUAAGAAACUACGUGCUAAACGUGUCGCUCCGGUGUUGAUAAGAGAAAUCACUCGUAGAGUUAAUUUGACAGGAAUAUUUCAAGGUGUUUACACGGCCGGUAUAGUUUUGCCAACACCCAUUGCUACUUGUCGAUAUUGGCAUAGAUCUUUAAAUCCUAAAAAACUAAUUGAUGUUAAAUUCAGUCACUUAUCUAGAAAUAUGACAAUGCAAAGAACCCUUAAAUUAUUUAAGUUGCCAGAUACACCAAAAACAUCAGGUUUUAGAAAAAUGGAAGUUAAAGAUUCUGAUAAAGUUGUUAAACUUUUGAAUGAUUACUUACAGAAAUUUGAUUUAGUGCCAAUAUUCUCAGAAGAGGAAUUCAAACAUUGGUUUACACCGCAGGCGGGUAUUAUUGAUAGUUAUGUUGUGGAAGGUUCUGACGGAAGUAUCACAGAUUUUGUGAGUUAUUAUACAUUACCGUCCACUGUUGUCUACCACCCAGUUCAUAAAACCAUAAAAGCUGCUUACUCAUUUUACAAUGUGUCUACUAAAACGCCAUGGGUGGAAUUAAUGUUAGAUGCAUUGAUUACGGCCAAGAACUCUGGAUUUGAUGUGUUUAAUGCUUUAGACCUAAUGGAAAAUAAAGAGUUCCUAGAGCCUCUCAAAUUUGGUAUUGGAGAUGGAAAUCUACAAUACUACUUGUAUAAUUGGAGAUGUCCAAGCAUUACAUCAAAUAAAAUUGGUUUGGUUCUACAAUAGUGUUGAAUAUAAAUUUUAAUCAUACAUUUUUGUAUUUUACACACAACAUGAAUAUGUUUAUUUUGGAUUAUAAGGAGGUGUAAUAAAUUAAAUAACAAAAAAUAUUUAAUAUUUAUUUCAUUAUUUAAUAAAAUAUAGUAAGUAAUAUGUAUUCAGAAAAUAUACAUGCAAAUUAGACAUGGUUUUUUUUCAAAUUCAAAUGUAUGGGACUUUAUUAUCACAUAUAUUUAAUAUCUUAAUUAAUGUGAUAAAGUAUUCAUGUAAUAAAAUGUGCAAUCAAUAUGAUUUGUUUUAGCUUAGAUAUGUAUGCAUAAUGAGUUGAAGAGAACAAAAAAAUGGUAUAACAUUGGUUAUUAACAAAUAUAUUUUUAUUAUAUAUCCCUAUAGAAAAUUAGGACAUAUUUGUCUUGUAUCUAAUUGGAUACAAUUGAUGUGCUUGUUUGUUGUUUCAAAUUGAUGUGCUUAAUGCUUUAUCAAAAAAAAUCUGUUCCAUAGAUGUUGCUAAGCAGCACUAAUGAUUAACGGGAACUCUCAUUUUUCAUUUUAUAAGAAUAUUAAAUAAAUAAACAAAGGGUUAAAUUACAGGGAUGUUAUCAUUUAUUUAGAAGUUAAAAAAAUUGACAGAUGUUAUUGAACAAUUUAAGCGAUACUAAAGCAUUUAAAUAUAGUUUUCCAUUAUUAAUUGUUCCAGCUUUAUACUAUGCAAUUUAUAGUAUAAUGUGGUUAAUUUUAUAUUGAAUUUUUAUCUGUCAUGUGUGUUUUUAGGUUGCCUAUUUUGAUCUAUAAUUUGUUUAAGCCUCUUGGAACAGUAUGAACAUUAUUUUAGUUCUCAUAAGAACUAUUAUUGAAUAACGAACAUCGAAAAAAAGUUUAUAAUGCUUCUCUGUGUAACUAGUAUUAAACUUAUUAAAAUA